GCCAUGUUACAAAGAAUCACUGAAAGUAUGUCAGUUCAUCGACCUAGCCAGAGCUCACCAACCAGAUUGGUCAAUUUUGACCCGGAUGAACCGGAGGCUGAUGUUGUAAAUUGGUGUACGCUGAGCGAAAUGAUCAUCGAACAGAAGAAAUUGGAUGCUGUAGAUUUAAUUUUGACUCUCACACAUUCGCUUAAGGCUCGAGCUGCUACUUGCCUCACAAAAAUACAGCCUGCAAAACCUGAACAACCUCCUCAUCCGUGGGCGCCCGGCUCUCGCCUGCAAGUCAGCUGUUACGUGUGCGGUGAUGCGAGCCAUGUAGCUUCUGGGUGUUCCAUGCGCUACAAGAAGAAAAACGACACUGCUCCAGGUGCUGUGGCAGGUCCAACCAGAGACGUCAACGUGUGUUUCAGAGCUUCAGUGUGUUUCAGAUAAGUGGU